GCUAGAUGUUGGAGGGAAUGAGGCUGAAGGGAUGGGCGUUGUCCGCGAAAGCUCUGGCGGAGAGCAGACUUCUUGGGAGAAGAAGAUCGAGCGACAGAGGAUGGUGCGAGAGGAGGUGGCGGAAGGAACCCUCUUCAUGAAGAGGAUGAGAGGAAAACCAGAGGCGGGGAUGGGCGGGGAUGGAGGUGGCGACGGAGAACGUGCCUCGGGAAAAAGGCCGACGAAGGAAGAGGGAGGGACGGCAAGUAAGAAAGCGAGGAGGCCCGACGGUUUGACCAUCCGCGAAGGACAAGCCGCGAGUGGAGGAGAUUCGGCUGAUCCAGGCGCUGCGGACGCGAGAGAACCUUCGGGGAAAUCGAAACGGAAAGUGGCAGUUGAAGAAGGCGAUGGCGAGAAGAAAACUCGAAGGCGAAAGACUGCUGAGGCGGCGAGCGGUGGCGAAGGGCCUGUCGUGUGGUUUUCCGACCGAGAUUUCGCGGGGUAUAGGCCAGUCACUCUCAACGAGAACACGAGACACAAGAUGUCUAAGCAGCGAUCGCAGAAGGCCGCGUUCUUGGACAUGCGGGAGGCAUGGGAGAAUGAAGGAAGGCCGGUGRYCAUUCAAGGGAACCCUUCYGGCAAGGARGCCGAAAAACAAAAGUUCUUCGAUUUCCAAAAGCUGAUUUUGGGAAAGAGUCCGAACGGAGCUCACUGGACGUUGGCACAAAAAGAUUCGUCGCUCGCCAACAAGGAGUAUGUCGCUGCAGUUGGCAAUGCAUUGAGGCAGUGGAUGCCGCUCGUGAUGGCCGGUGACGAGGUUUUUCGCAAAGCCAUGGAAUUCUACGCGAAAUGGGCGGAGGGGAAGUUGUUGGGCGGCGACAGCAAGACGCCAUUGUCGAGGCCGGGCAAAUACAUGCCAGACAAAUCUCCGGGUCUGCAAGCAAUUCCGAAAAUGGGCUCGAAAGGGGCGGCUGGUGAAACGAAGAUGGGGUGGUUGGUCCGGGUCCCGCCGCCUCCGACCAAAAAGAAAACGCAAGCAGACGAUAAGUUUUUCGUGGUCGUGAAGGAGCCAGACAUUUUCUCUUGGCAGUGUCUCGCCGACAUGACCGAUGCCGAGAAACUGUCGAUCCUUGACGACAUUCUCGCGCUAAGGGAAGUUUUCUUGAAAGUCAUGGCCAGGCUUAGCGUCCAUCACGUCAGGACAGGGAAGUGGGUACGUAAUGCGCAAACGCAGGCCACUGUCCGGGAAGGAAAUAUGCUGAUUGAGGAGUGCGACCGCCUGUACGUGAUUUUUAAUGGCGAGAAGCUGGAAGAUAACACAUUCGCAGUCUACCCGGCUAGUAGCCCGAUAAAGGUUUCCCGUGCUCAUGGUCCAAGUCCGGCCCAACACAUGGUGGUGGGCCCAUCAGGACAGGUUGUGGCAUGUUUCGACGUGGCGGAAGAGGAAAGGUUCUCUCGUAGCAUGUGGGAGGACGGCGGCGUGACAAGUUCUCAAGGACCUGCUUACGGGGAGAUGGAGUGGAACCCGUCCCGUCUACUUGGUCUACUCGUAAACUUUUGCAAAGCUGGUCAAACUGUUUUUUUCUUUGGGAAGGCGCAUGCGUCUCUCGUGUGGGAACUCCUGCGCACUGGUCGGAACGUCGUCACUUUGGAGAAGGCGGCGAAGAUGAUCGAUUACCUUCACGAGUUCGUGAAGGCACGCGUUGCAGAUACUCGCAAUGCUUGCGAGUUUGCCCGCACCACCGGCGAACGAAACUGGGAUCCCAAACGUGACAUGUAUUGGAAAUUGUCGGGGAACAAAAGGACGGACGUUUGGGACUUCCUUUUCGGACCCGGACCACCUGGUCCGACCGACCUCGAAUACAGUCGACGGAGAAACCUGGUGUUCGCUGUGCUCAAUGGGUACCACGGUGCACCCAGGGAGUCUGUCUCGCACUUCCUCAGAAGUCUGGAGCACGUUUACUUCACGCUGUCCGAACCACUCACUCUCGAAAACUACAAGUCACAGUUCGACGACGAAGACCCUUUCGACGCUAACGACAUGGAGGAGCUGAGCGACUCCGAAACCUUCGAUUUCGAGUCCAUGCCACUUCCUCGGGUGGUUGGACAGGUUGGUGAUGAAGAGGAAGGUGGCCCUCGGAGAUAUAGCACGUCCCCUGCCAGUUUGAAGCGUGUGUUUCGGGGCGAACGAGUCGACGACCAAUCGUCUGAUGACGGGGAGGAAGAGAGAGACUAUGAUCACGAACCUUGUGAUAGGCUCCCUGUGGACCAUGACACCUGGCAGAAUGACAGACUCUACUUCUUUGGCAAGCAUCACCGGUUCAUGUCGGAGGAUGUCUGGGGACACAACGUCGUCUGGCACCCGAGGAUAUUCCAACCUGCUGUGAGGAAUGGAAUAUGGGUCAUGGCAAUAAAGGAGGCCGAUGGCAAGUGGAGUGGACUGAAGAGACUGGGAGCGGGUGCAUUUAAGAGAAAGGCAAGAACUGCUCUGGUGGAGCAUUUGAGUCUCAUGAACCCCGAGAGGAACGAUCAGGACGUCGAUGCGUAUGCAUAACAAAAGCUACAUGAGUUGUACGCCAACAACAUGUUGGAGUUUCGAGCGCCUUUCUACGCACUC